GCAACCGCCACAAGCUUCAGCCUUCAGUUCAGUGCUGCUGCUACCCACUCGACUCCAUUAUUUCAGCAAACAAGAACAAACAUAUCGAGGAAAUGGCCUCGACGGAGCACGGCGACAAGCUGCGGAUCCUGAUUGUGCCCUUCUUCGCCACCAGCCACAUCGCCCCCCACACCGAGCUCGCUGUCCGCCUCGCCGCGGCCAGGCCGGGCGCCGUCGAGCCUACGGUGGCGGUCACCCCGGCCAACGUCUCGGUCGUUCGGUCCGCGCUCGACCGGCACGGCCACUCCGCAGCGAGCAACGCCGUCAGGAUAGCCACCUACCCGUUCCCGGACGUGGAUGGCCUCACGCCUGGCGUGGAGAACCUCUCCGCCGCCGGGGCCGACGCGUGGCGCAUCGAUGCCGCGGCCGUCGACGAGGGGCUGACGCGGCCCGCGCAGGAGGCUCUCAUCAGAAAGCUGUCCCCUGACGCCCUCGUCACAGAUGUCCACUUCUUCUGGAACUCCACCGUCGCCGAUGAAGUCGGCGUGCCGUGCGUUACCUUCAGUGUCGUUGGCCUCUUCUCAAGGCUUGCCAUGCGUCACCUCCGAGGCGCCGUCGAGAGCGACCCGGACUGCCAGGAGGUGAUCGUCCCUGGGUUUCCAGGGCCGGAGAUACGGAUCCCGAGGACUGAACUGCCGGAGUUCUUAAGGUGCCAAGCGAAACACGACCGAUUCGGAGGCCCGAUCAUGGCGGGGCAAGCCAGGUGCUUCGGCCUCGCCGUCAACAUGUUCUUGGACCUGGAACGGCAGUACUGCGAGUCCUACACGCAAGGCCACGUGAAGCGCGCCUACUUCGUCGGCCCAGUGUCGCUGCCGUUGCCACCGGCCGGAGCCAGCGGCGGCGGCGAGGCGUCGUGCAUCAGUUGGCUGGGCUCGAUGCCAAGACACUCGGUGGUGUACGUAUGCUUCGGCACCUACGCUUCGAUCUCGAAUGGUCAGCUCGGGGAGCUGGCUCUCGGAUUGGAAGCCUCCGGCAAGCCGUUCUUGUGGGCGCUGAGGGCCGAGGGGUGGGCGCCGCCGGCGGGGUGGGAGGAGCGUGUCGGGAAGAGGGGGAUGCUCGUCAGAGGGUGGGCUCCACAGACCGCGAUCCUGGCCCAUCCAGCCGUUGGGGCGUUCCUGACGCACUGCGGGUCGAGCUCGCUGCUUGAGGCGGCGGCGGCCGGCGUGCCGAUGCUGACGUGGCCGCUGGUGUUCGACCAGUUCAUCGAGGAGAGGCUGGUCACGGACGUUCUCAAGAUUGGCGAGAGGGUGUGGGACGGGCCACGGAGCGCGAGGUACGAGGAGCAGCAGACGGUGCCGGCGGCCGCGGUGGCGCGGGCCGUGGCGAGGUUCUUGGAGCCCGGGGGAACAGGGGAGGCGGCAAGGGGCCGGGCGCAGGAGCUCGCCGUGAACGCUCACGCCGCUGUGGCGGAAGGCGGGUCGUCGUACAAUGAUCUGCACAGGCUUAUCAGUGAUCUGAUGGAAACACGGAAGAUCUAGCAGAACCCAUCGAGCAGGUGACAAAAGUCGGCCAGGUUCUUCAGGGAGCUCGUGUCCAACGUGAGAGGAAGGAAGGGGAAGCAGUGAGAUUGGUUUCCUUGGGCUCGUGUGUUCAUGGCGUCUCCUGAAUUUGUUUCAUUCUGUCACCCCGAUUGCCUGAAAAGCUCUGAAAUAGAUGCAACGGUGCAACAUUUGAUUUUGUAAUCUAGGCGACAUUUGCACAACAUCCGCAGAUUAUGAUAGGCGAUGUUAGCCAAUGGAUGAAGGCAGUGGCGGAUCUAGGAUUUGAAGUCAGGGUAGUCCUUCCUUUUUUUUUGACAUCUACGAUAUAUGAAUGUUCUUAACUAAUUAAUAAUCCCACAUAGAAAUCAUGUAUGCUUAUAUCUUCAUAGCA